AUGGGUCGGCUCGAUCGGAGUGAUACCACGGCCUCACAGAAAACCGGCGUGAAACAACCACAGCGUUGUGUUUCGCCGUAAAGUAUCGACAAGUCUGGCGAAGAUCCCGUUAUAGCAGCGCUAAGGCCAUACGCUGCACCCGAUGACGAUGAUGGCCCUAGAGAUCCUUACAACUUCCAAAAACUCUUUGGUAACACAUCGGUGACGACGAAACACGAAGUUACCACAGAUGAUGUAUCGUUAGUUGAACAUUUCAUUAAUGUAGAACAUAGUUACGAUAAUAACGAUACUAAAAGUAAUUUAGACGACAAUUCGGAUUUAAGAGAUUACAAUGGUACAGCAGAGAAUGUGACUAUAACGAGGCCCGUGCAUGAAGAUGUAGUUACAAAGUUCCUAAGAUUGAUAGAGACUCAACAUUUACUUGGUGAAAAUUGUACAGCUGGGACUCAUUUGAAUUUAGGCGAAGGUGUGGUAGACAGAUACGCACAAGAAAGAUUUAGGAUAGAAGCUGAUGUGGCAGUGAAUAGAGCUAAUAUGUUAACAAGGCUAUGGAAGUACGCUGGUCCAUCAGUCAUGCACAAUGAGUAUUUGCUCCACGCAAGUGUGUUCUCAAUGGUAGAAUUUGACGAUGACAUUUUCGCUGCUGGAAAUUGCUAUGACCAAUUGCAGUAUAAAGAUUAUCAACUGUUCUGCCCUUUCGCGUACCGCUUGCCUGAAGGUCCGAUUCUGGCAAAGGAUUUAGCUGUAGAAUACAAAUAUUUGAGCAACACGUCGGAAUGGUUCUACAUCGCACGGAAGAACGCUGAGCGCGUGAUCAGGAACCACAAUCAGUUUAGAAGAGGAUACAAUACGUACACAUACAACGACACAGCACACACUGAGAGGGAACCAGACGAGAUUCUGUCGGUGACAUACGAAGAUGGCAAGUGGUCGAAGCCAUACUACGACUGUGGAGGCGGUAACAUUUGGAUGCUCACGUACACCGUGCCCUUCUUCGGAUACAACAAUGGAACCUAUUUCUUCAAGGGGACCAGCGGCAUCGACAUCGACCUUCGAAGAGUGGACAUCGAUCAAUGUCCGAUAAAACCUGGCUCAACACAGCUCAACAUCUUUGCUGGAACCGAUAAAUGCAAGAAAAAAACUACCGAGGUUGGCAAACUUGCAGACGAAUUACCUGGUGGUAAGCAAUCAGCGCCGCCCAUGGACACCCGCAACAGAGGAGUUACAAGUGCGUUGCCGACCUUUUGGGGAUUAGGGAUUGGGGGAGAUGUGUACCUGUACCUGGAUUGGGGUUUCGUCGUGGGUCCUACAGAUGUGUGUGUCGCAGAGGGUUCUACUUCCCAAACACUACAGCUGACAGUCGAUUCUACAACGGCAGUGAUAUCGAAGAAGAGUAUGAGAAACAUUUACUGGUCAGCAAAGGAGUACAUGGAUCUCCUGAUGCUCCAACGCAGUCUAUACUCUCUCCCGGACGCCUAUGAGUGCCUGCCCUGUGCUGAAGGCUGUGAAGCCUGCAAUGAUGGAUCUCCCUGCGUGGCAGCCCUGAACUGGGUGGUCAGAACUACUAUCUUCGCACUUGCCUGCUUGGUCAUCUCUUGUCUACCAUUCAUCGUCUAUUUCACCAUCAAGUAUGGGCAUGUCAGGGUCGUCAGGGCAGCAAGUCCAGCACUCCUCCGGGUGAUCGUUUUAGGAGCUCUCCUUAUCUACUGCACCACUCUCGUCAUGUAUGGAAGACCGACUGUCUUUACCUGCACUGCUAGGGUCUGGCUAAGGGAAGUUGGGUUCUGUCUCACCUACGGAGCCCUCAUGUUGAAGACUUGGAGAAUAUCAGUGAUAUUCCAAGUACGGUCAGCAAAAGCAGUGAAGAUAUCGGAUAUGUAUCUCCUUCGUCGAAUUGGGGUGAUUGUUGGAGUGGCAUGCGUUUUGCUGGCCAUACGCACGCUGGUAGCGCCACCUGCUGUCAUAGUUGGAAGAACAAAGGAUGACCUCAAGGCGUAUUUGUGUAACACCGAUUGGUGGGACCAUUCUUUUACUACGUUGGAAGUAAUAUUCCUGGUGUGGGGCAUUAGACUCUGCAUUAUGGUGCGGAAAGCGCCAUCCGAGUUCAACGAGAGCCGGUUCAUCUCAAUGGCGAUAUACAACGAAUUCCUUCUCUCUGUCUUCCUCAAUAUAUCCAUGUUGUUCCUCCAGUCCCCUGCGAACCCGGACCUCCUGUACAUAAUAUUCUUCUGUCACACGCAGCUGACUGUGACUCUUCUGCUGUGCUUCAUCUUUGGGAGCAAGGUAGGCACGGCCUACAUGGUCUAUAAGGGUCAUGGGAAGGACGAGCGAGAGAAGACUGGUAAAUUCAGGUCGAGGCCUGCAGAAUCCACGUACACCAUGACCACCAACCGAAGCGCCAGGUUUUGUGAUAAUAUGACUGAGAGAGAACUUGAGGAGGAGUUCAGAAAAAUCUGUAACCAGUUAGAGAAACUUCGUGAGCGAUGUGGUGCUGGAGCAGUGAUCUCACGGAGAAUAGGAGCCAUGCAGGACGCUGCAGCACUUUAUGAUAGAAAACCACCCCCAUCCGACCACUCAGCGCCUUUAAAACUAAACACAGUCUUCAGUGCAGUAGCGGAUAGAUUAAUGUGCACUGUUACCCCAGCAGAAGAAUCCUCUAGUAGUGGCAGAGACUUGCCCUUCGAGGCACCUCCAGCCUAUAAGCAAAAAACUUUUAGUCCUACUAAAAGCGCAGAGAACAGCAACGCAGAACAAAGCCAGACAGACGUCACGACUGAUUCUCCUAAAAAACGUACAGAACUCAACGAGGAACCUAAAGAAGAUAAACAGAAUGGAGUGUUUAAAAUAUCCGGUGAAGCUAACUGUAGUGAUAUCCGACCGCCAGAAGUAAGUCGUAAUGGUUACAAUAAUAAGAGUGAAAAAUCAAGUGAACUAAAAUCAAGUCCAAGUAGUACUGACACUGUGAAAGGUGUUAGGUCAGGACAUGCAAGGACUCACGCUAUAGUUAUUAACUUAGAUGAUAAGAGUCGCUUUACUGAAGAGGUCACUGUCUAA